UCGUACAGAGCCGGCCGUUGCGACAGCGCGUCUCGAUAAUAUACAAUAUACUCAUCCGUAUAUCACACGUACGAGAUGAACUCUUUCGUAUUCAUAUGUACCACGUUCAUUAACGCUAGUCUAAACGUGUGUACACGUGUGUUCCUACUAGUGCUGAGUGCGAGUGUGUACCAAGGGUUUGUGCUCGUGGAGGUGUUCCUGAACAGCUACAAUUUGGUGUAUCCCCCGUAUUUUGCGAAGUCUAUAACUAGGGGACAGUAUUAUGUGUCGAGUGUUGUCGGUGGGGCUGUGACGAUAGUAGCUACAAAGACCAUCAUGCUAAACGGCUUCAUGCGAUGGCUGCUCCGUUUCCUAGUGUCCCUGAUAGCCAUCGGGGUGCGGCCGCUCACGUAUCUGCUCACCGUGCGCCGCACGCGCAAGUGCCCGCCGCCCGUCAACCCGACGCUCUUCAAGUCUGCCACCGUGCUCACAAACAUGAUCAGGAACAAACAGAUCACGUCAGAAGAAGUGGUGGCGGCCUACAUAGAGAGAUGCAAAGAGGCGAAUCCGUACCUCAACGCCAUAGUGGAGCCGCGAUACGAGCAGGCGCUUAGAGAAGCCCGGAGCAUCGACAAGAUGAUCGCUUCCACUGAUCGCACGCCAGAGGAGCUGGGCAAGGAGUAUCCCCUGCUGGGUGUGCCUAUGACUGUCAAGGAGAGCAUUGCUGUUGAAGGAAUGAGCAAUGACAGCGGCACCCUUCGUCCGAGCCGAGUGCCGGCCACCAAAGACGCUGCCAUCGUCAGCCUGGCGCGCGCCGCGGGUGCCAUUCCCAUCGCCGUCACGAACACACCACAGCUCUGCAUGAACUGGGAGACGUACAAUAACGUCACUGGGCUUACGAUGAAUCCUUAUGAUCAGAAAAGGACGACUGGAGGCUCUUCAGGUGGAGAGGCAGCGUUGAUCUCAUCGGCAGCGUCCAUCGUCGGCGUCGGCUCAGACAUCGCCGGCUCACUGCGUCUGCCGCCCAUGUUCUGUGGGAUCUUUGGACACAAGCCCACUCCUAAAUUAUUAUCCAUUGAAGGUCAUAUUCCAGAUUGUCUGGACUCAGAAUUUGAAGAAUAUUUUGCUUUGGGACCUCUAUGCCGUUACGCAGAAGAUCUUGCGUUACUUUUGAAAGUUUUGAGACAGCCUGGCGCUCCAGAUGUGCCUUUGGACAAACCCGUGGAUGUGUCCAAGUUGAAGUUUUAUUACAUGGAGGGCGACAACAGCAACGUCACAGACAAAAUCGGAUCCGAUGUGAAAAAAGCGAUGGAAAAAGCCAAAGCACACAUUAAGAAUACAUACAAUAUUGAAGUCAAAGAGCUCAAGAUAAAAAACAUCGAACACAUCUGGGAGAUCAGUAUUAGGGUUCUAAUGAAUAUUCGUCACGUUCGCAACAUCUACACUGAUCCUGAGAAACGAGACCAAUGGGUGUCGGUCUGGCCAGAAGUUCUAAAGAAAAUGGUCGGUCUGUCAGACCAUAAUUUCACUUGUGUAGCUUACGGACCGCUGCAGAAGUUUUUCGACUCGUUACCAAAGAGCUAUUAUGCGAAAUUGUUGAGAAUGUUUGAAGAGAUUAAGCAAGACUUUGAGAAAGCGCUAGGAGACGACGCCGUAUUAAUAUACCCAGCGUACCCCUACCCAGCCCAUCUCCACUACCGGGUAUACUACAAAUUCCUAAACUGCGGGUACCUGACCAUCUUCAACGCCCUAGGUCUCCCAGUCACCGCCUGCCCCAUGGGUCUCACAGAAAAAGGCCUACCAGUGGGUCUACAACUUGUGGCCAAUAAGUGCCACGAUCAUUUGACGAUAGCUGUCGCUAAAGAGUUUGAAAAGGCCUUUGGAGGCUGGGUGCCGCCUAAUAGAGAACCUGUCAGUGUCUAAUUUUAUAAGUUAAUUGUAUGAUGAGAUUAUAUAUAGAGAAAACUGCGUUAAUCGGGGGAAAAACCUACUUUUCAAGAUAUAUACCUACGCGACUGCAACCAUUACUUUGUUAUGGGAGCAACCCAGAAUUCGUAAAAGAAUGACGUGUCCCAUACUAAAAGUUCAAUUCGACAUGGUACACGAUGUAUGGAAACUAGGAUUUUUAUUUUUUGUGAUAUCAGAGUUGCUGCUAUAGUAGAAGUUACUAUAGAAAUGAAUACAAUCGCGUGCUUAACUACAUAUACCUUCCUCUUAUCGCCUAAAGAUGUUACUUGGCACCCGGUAUUGCGCUACACCAUAGAGAAGUAAGGAAGCAUAGAGUUCUCGUUCACUCCAAAACGCUUAUUAUUUUCGUAGUCGACAUCUAGAGUCAAGUAGCAGAUUUAUCAGUAGGUACUGCUACUUGACAAUUGACGUCGUGACGAACGAAAAUUCUGAUGCUCAACAAUUUUCAGCUAAUAUUAUAAUUAUAACCGGAUUAACCGGAACUGUAUUUUCGACUCCUUCUGCUUGUAAUAUUAGUUGUUGAUCAAUACACUUUUCGUCAGUGACAUCUAGUGGUACUGAUAAAUCUGCUAUUUGACGCUAGAUGUCGACUACGAAAAUAAUAAGCGUUUUGGUAAUAAAAUUGAUGUAUGGAGAGAGCAAUCUAUGCUUACUUAUUUCUCUUGUUGUCACUGCUGUCGUAACCUAAAUAAAUGAGAUGUAUCAUAUCAUAAGAAUAAUUCUUCCUUCGUCUUGGUCUUAUAUAAAUAAAAACUGUCUCAUGAACGGAAUUGCACCGGUUGACUUUAGAAUAAUACAGGUACGAUUUAUUUUGAAUUUGUAAUGUGACUGAAAAGCAGUUCUUUAUAUACAUUAUACAUACUUAGUAUGUAUCUAAUAGAUAUUAAAUUGUAGUAUAAGCAAUUAAGCAUAGGUAUUUUAGAAGUCUUAAUAUCUUUGUAACUUGUAUAAGUUUCCACUGUGAUAAUGUCAUUACAAUAAUAAAACUAAGUUAAUAAAAUGUUUAAAUUGUGGCAUUAGUGGCAGGCAGACGCACAUCAUAAGUAGUAGGUGCCUUUUAUUUAAAGGAAUAAUGGAUAGACAAAAAAUACUUAAAUUGUUCACGUGACUGCACAUAGCUAAUACAUUAUUUAUAUGUUUUCCAAAUAAAAUUUUAUACCAAAUUAA